AUUGGUCAGUGGGGGAGGAGUCCCGCCCCCUGUGGAGGAGCGGCCGCGCGCGGAGGGAAGAUGGCGGUGUUGGCACCGCUGCUGGCGCUGUUGUACUCGGUGCCGGGGCUGUGCCGCUGGCUGGCGCGGCCCUACUACCCGCUCUCCGCCCUGCUGGCCACCGCCUUCCUGCUCGUCCGCAAGGUCCCGCCGCUCUGCCAGGGGCUGCCCUCGCAGCGGGAGGACGGCAACCCCUGCGACUUCGACUGGCGGGAAGUGGAGAUCCUCAUGUUCCUCAGCGCCAUCGUGAUGAUGAAGAACCGACGCUCCAUCACCGUGGAGCAGCACAUUGGGAACAUCUUCAUGUUCAGCAAAGUGGCAAACGCCAUCCUCUUCUUCCGCCUCGACAUCCGCAUGGGCCUGCUCUAUCUCACACUCUGCAUAGUGUUCCUGAUGACCUGCAAGCCCCCCCUCUACAUGGGCCCCGAGUACAUCAAGUAUUUCAGCGACAAGACCAUCGAUGAGGAGCUGGACCGGGACAAACGGGUGACCUGGAUCGUCGAGUUCUUUGCCAACUGGUCCAGCGAGUGCCAGUCCUUUGCCCCCAUCUUUGCCGACCUCUCUCUCAAGUACAACUGUCCAGGGCUGCACUUCGGGAAGGUGGACGUCGGCCGGUACACGGAUGUCAGCACCAGGUACAAGGUCAGCACCUCGCCCCUCACCAAGCAGCUGCCCACCCUCAUCCUCUUCCAGGGCGGGACAGAGACCAUGCGCCGGCCCCAGAUUGACAAGAAGGGACGGGCUGUGUCCUGGACUUUCUCCGAGGAGAACGUGAUCCGUGAGUUCAACCUGAACGAGCUCUACCAGAAGGCCAAGAAGCAGUCGAAGCCGCGGGAGGAGGGGCCCGAGGAGCCCCCUGGGGCGCAGGCCGCCGCCGGGCACCCCGACGGGGAGACCAAGAAGGACAAGUAGAAGCUGCCCCAGGCCAUCAUCCAUCGCACCUCACCCCGCCCCGGGCACCGUCCCUGGGGGCCGCCCCGCCCUGCCUGGGGCCCGGCCCAGCCCCGGCCCCGUGGGGAGCCCCGGCGCGGGCGGGGCCCGGUAGGGCCGUAGGACAGACCCGGCCCCGCCGCGGGUAACGCUCAUCCUCAUCGCUGACAAUAAACGGACCCUGACCCUGA